GGAGAGUGUGCGUUGGAGUUGGGUUUGAAAGGUUUUGGUACAGACACACCUACUAGACAAAUACUCAUCUGGUGUCAAGCGUGUCCAGUGUCACUCGCAGGUCCUGAAAGAUCCUUCUGUUUUGGGCUGGGCCUCCUAGUGCAUGGUGAAUACCAUUCGAUAAAUUCUCCAGCUUCAGUCCUGCUCUGCCAAAUCUCACAACAUGUCGGGUGCCUACUAUGACAACGCCAUGUCCGACGAGACCACAGACAGCUUCUGGGAGGUUGGAAACUACAAGCGCACAGUAAAGCGGAUUGAGGAUGGUCAUCGGCUCUGCAAUGACAUGAUGAACUGCAUACAGGAGCGUGCUAAGAUAGAAAAGGCCUACGCACAGCAACUUACUGACUGGUCUAAGAGGUGGAAACAGCUGGUUGAGAGAGGGCCGCAGUACGGAACUCUGGAGAAAGCCUGGUUAGCUGUGAUGACGGAGGCAGAAAAGGUGAGCGAUCUGCACCAGGAGGUGAAAAACAACCUGCUGAACGAAGACUUAGAGAAAGUCAAGAACUGGCAGAAAGAUUCCUACCACAAACAGAUGAUGGGCGGCUUCAAAGAGACUAAAGAGGCGGAUGAGGGAUUCAGAAAAGCCCAGAAACCCUGGGCCAAAAAACUCAAAGAGUUAGAAACAGCAAAGAAAACAUACCACAUGGCCUGCAAGGAAGAGAAAAUAGCGUCUACAAGAGAAGCCAAUAGCAAAACAGAGGCAUCAGUGACAUCAGACCAACAGAAGAAGCUCCAGGAGAAGGUGGACAAGUGCAAAACCGACGUUCAGAAGGCCAAAGAGAAAUACGAGAAGAGCCUGGAGGACCUCAGAAACUGCACGCCGCAAUACAUGGAGAACAUGGAGACAGUGUUUGAGCAGUGCCAGCAAUUUGAGGACACUAGGUUGAACUUCCUCAGGGAGGUGCUUCUGGAUCUCAAACGACAUCUCAACCUCGCAGAAAGCCAAAGCUAUGCCACGGUCUACAGAGAACUGGAGCAUAACAUCAGCUUGGCCUGUGCUCAAGAAGACCUCAAGUGGUUUAGCAAUAUCCAUGGUCCUGGCAUGAACAUGAACUGGCCACAGUUUGAGGAGUUCAAUCCAGAUCUGAGUCACUCCAUCAAUAAGAAAGAGAAGAUAAAGAAGAAUCAUGAGGAAGUGACUUUAACUCAACUCACACAUGGUGAAAAUCACAGCACACCCCCCACUGGAGAGCGGGGCAGCGUGAGCAGUUAUGAGAGGAAUCAGCAGUAUUCGGCAGAAUGGUCCGACGACGAGCAGCCACCUGCCGCCCAACCAGUCAGUGAAACAAAUGGCAGUGCAAAUCCGUUCGAUGAGGAGAGUAAAGGGACGCGAGUGAGAGCGCUGUACGACUAUGACGGCCAAGAACAAGAUGAGCUCACCUUUAAAGCAGGAAAUGUACUCAUCAAGCUGGAAGACGAGGAUGAACAGGGUUGGUGUAAAGGGCGUUUGGAAAACGGCAAGCUAGGCUUGUACCCGGCUAACUACGUCGAGCCCAUUUAGUUGCCUUGCGUGGUGGACAGCCUUUCCAUCAAGAAGGCCUUAAAGACUUCUCCUCACACUGCUCCAAUCUGAGAUUCCAGAGCAAAUAUUUCCUUGCCUGAUUGACUUGCUUCAAGCUGUAUUUCUUUAAAUCCACAACAAAAUAUAGACAGUUUUCAAAACACAUACUGUAUCAUUUCCCUUUAACCCAUCAAGGAAACAGUUCUGUACGUAUAUGUAGCCAUGUUCAGUAUGAGUUAUUGUGAUGAUGACACAUGUUCACGUAUGGUCUACUGAAACUAAAUUAUUGUAAUGACAUCCAAGAAGCCGAACAAAGCGAAAAACAGCUAUGCAAUGUGAAUUUUAGGCUUUUAUUUUGAAAUGCAAGGUUCAGCGUUAAACCUAGUGGCCUCUUCUCGUAGAUUUCUUAAAGUCAACACGAAACGGCAUUCGCAACUCAUUUUUUUAAUGUAAGAUGACAUAACUCUGGGUGAAACAUGAUGUCCAAAGAGAAAAAAAGGUAAGGCAGGAAUUGAUUUAUCCAUUGGGAACUGAUUCUGUCGUGCUAAGUAGUCGUGACAUCAUGCAAAAAAAGACCAGGAACGUGUAUUAAAAAAGUAAAUAGAGUCCAUUUCGAUUUCAUGUUGACUUUAAUACAGAGACGGCAGUGUGAUGCAUUAAGACUUUUUGUUUUUUUUACACCCAAAGUGCAAAUGAUUUUAAGCUAUGCCUCAGUAGACCUUUAAAUGAAAUGCACUUCCUCAUGUUUAUUUUUUUAACCAUUUUAAAAAUCAAUCGAACAGAAUGUAAAAGCCUUUGAACAAAUUCUGAACAUUUAGGUGAGAGAGACUGUUCAAAUUAUUGACAAAACUUCUCUCAGACUUGUAUUUUGUAAUAUCCUUAGUCCCAAAAUCCUAAAAGAAGGCUAAUGGAUAUUUAUAUCAUCAUAUGAAACAAUCCUAAAGAGGGAUUAAAUAAGAAUCCCUUACAAAUCUGACUGUAUAAUCUGAAAAAGCAAACUGAUAUAUAUAUUUCAGUAGGAUCUUAUUUUAUGAUUUUGUAGAUUGUUUAAUUAUUAUCUAAUUCUUUGGUUCCAAAUUAUGACUUUAUUUAGCAUUCCUUUAAGAUAUUUUAACAAAGAAAGUAGUUAUGAUUUUAUAACCAUGAACUGUGGUUUGCUUUGAACUCUGAACACAUGUAAAGCUGUUUAAAAGUGUGUUCAAAUCCAGUUGAAUCCUUUGCCUAUUUGUCUGUUAUAUGAUUUAGGAAUGUCUUUUAACGUGCAACCCAUAACCGAUUCAGUUUGAAAAUGUUAUGGAUUGUGUCAUUAUGAAGUGUAUAUACUGUAUGUUUAGACUGAUGUGUUCUACUCUUCAUGCCAGUGUAGUUUAAUUCAUGUUCACAAUAAAACUCAUGAG